UUUUCUUUUCUUUUGAUAUAUAUAUGUUAAUCAAGACUAAAAAAACAUGAAACAUGAUGAUUAUCGUUUGAAAAGGAUUAUUAUCUAACUAGCAUUGGUUCAAUUAUAUAAAUAACUUUACAUUUAUCUAUAAUAGUUAUUGACAUGAAAGCUUCUGUUUCAAGAUACACAAUUUUGUUUCACAAGAAAACGAAAACAGAAAAUACACGAGGGAGCUAGUAGUCGAGUUUGUAACUUAUAGCAAAUAAGCUAUCACUAUGAAUGUGUUUUUGUAUGAUAGAGAGGAUCGAGAAGGAAGCUGCUGAGAUGAACAAGAGGUCUAUCAAGUACGCAUGGGUGUUGGACAAACUUAAGGCCUAGCGUGAACUCGGUAUCACUAUUGACAUUUCUCUCUCAAAAUUCGAGACCAGCAAGUACUACUGCAUAGUCAUUGAUGCACUUGGUCACCGUGAUUUCAUCAAGAACAUGAUUACUGGUACCUCCCAGGCUGACUGUUGUCCUGAUCAUUGACUCCACCAAUGAUGGUUUUGAGGCUAGUUUAAUUUCGACAAGGAUGGUCAGACCUUUAAUUUGCUCCCUGACACUGAGGUAAAGUCUAUUAUGAUGCUCCACGAGUCUCUUGUUGAGGCACUUCCUAGUGAAAAUGUCGGAUUCAAUGUCAGGAAUGUUGAUGUCGAAGAUCUUAAGCGUGGGUACGUCGCGUCAAACUCCAAGGAUGAUCAUGCUAAGGGUGCUGCUAACUUCACUUCCCAGGUCAUCAUCAAAAACCACCCUAGUCAGAUUAGUAAUGGUUACGCCCAGUCCGCCACUGGUUACGCCCCGGUUCUUGAUUGCCACACCUCUCACAUUGUAGUCAAAUUCUCUGAGAUCUUGACCAAGAUUAACAGGCGCUCAAGUAGAAUUAUUGAGAAUGAGCCCAAAGUUUUAAAGAACGGUGAUGCAGCUACGGUCAAGAUGACUCCUACCAAGCUUAUGGUGGUCGAGGCUUUCUCUAAAUACCCACCCUUGAGACGUUUCACUGUUAGGGACAUGAGGUAAAUUGUUGAUGUUGGAGUUAUCAAGAGUGUUGACAAGAUGGACUUAUCUGGAGCUAUUGCUAAGGUCACCAAAUGAUGAGACUCUCUUUUUAUGGUUUUCUUAUGCGUUUAAACUUUGAUGGCCGUUUGAGCCUUUUACCAUCAUUGUUUUCUCUGCGAUGUUUGCAAUAAAGUUCUUAAAAAUAAAAGUAAAUUGAGAUUGACCCGCAGUACACUAAAAGGACGAUUUAUUUUCUAAAUUUUGUACUUUUUAAAAUUUUAUGAUUAUGUAUCAUAUAUAAAUGUCUGCAAAUUGUAUCAUUUAAGACAUUUCAAUUUCAUAGUUUACAAUUGUCAUUAAUUAACGGUA